CGAGAAUAGGGGCGAGAAUUAGCGAGUUGUCAACAUUAUUCUACAACUUGUUUUCUGUUGAAGAUUGCUACGAACUACAGCCAAAAUGCCUGAAAGGCCGGAGAUGGAGCGGAUGGACAGCUUCUCCAAUCCGAUAGCUCCACCAGAAGUAAUGAUAGAAGACCUGGAGGGAGAUGACCAUCACCAGCUAAGUAAUGCAGAUUUCCGGAAGCUUCUGAUGACUCCGAGGGCUCCCAAACCUGGAAGUUCUUCUCAACCAAAAUCAUCAGUACCUCAAAGACAACAAAGUGAGGCAAAUAUAGAAGAUGGUGACGAUCCAGCUGAAAGAAGAAGGAAAAAGAAAAUCUACUAUGCCAAGCUUAAGAGGCUUGAAGAAGAGCGACAGAAAGAGUUGGCGGAGAAGUAUCGAGAUCGUGCCCGGGAACGUCGAGACGGACAACACAGCGAGCAUGAUCAGGCUGAUACGAUCAGCACAACCGCUGACUACCGCGCAGUGGCACCAGAUGCUAAGAGUGUUGAGAAUCUUGCUGAGAGAAGGAAGCAGGUGAUCCAGGAGUCGAAAUACCUCGGUGGUGACAUGGAACACACUCACUUGGUGAAAGGUCUGGACUAUGCGUUGUUGGAGAAGGUGCGUGCAGAGAUCACAACUAAGGAGCGUGAAGAGGAACAGCAGAUGGAGGACAUGGUGGACUCUGUGAACCCCCCUUCCAAGGAGGAGAAAAAAGAAGACCCUGAGGAACAUAUGCAGUUCAAGACAAAGAUUGGCCGUAACAUAUUCCGUACGCUGUUCAAGCCGAAGGAGCUUUCCCGCAAUGAGCUGUUUAUGCCAGGACGGAUGGCAUACGUCGUCGACCUAGAGGAUGAAUUUGCAGAUUCCGAUGUACCCACCACAACCAUUCGUAGCAAAGCUGAUUGCCCAGCCAUGGAGACUACAGCGACCCUGACUACUAAUGACAUUGUGAUCAACAAGCUGACCCAGAUCCUCUCAUACCUACGACAAGGACGCAGGGAGAGCAAGAAACUCAAGAAACUUAAAGGAAAGUUAAGGGAAGCUGAAAAGAUGUCAAAAAUGCCUGGAGCAGAUGAUAAUAUCUACGCUGACCUUGCCGACUACAAUCCAUCAGUGGGUAAAGGCAAGGAUCGUCGAGACAGGAAGGAUCGGGACCGAGAUGACCGCCGAGAUCGAGACAGAGAUAGGGAAAGGGAUCGUCGUGACAGAGAUCGUGAUCGUGACAGACGUGACCGAGACCGCGAGAGGGAACGUGAACGUGGCAGGGAUGACAGGAAGAGGAAAUCCUACUUUGAAAAACCAGCAGAGGAGGAUGAGGAUCGUCAGCGGUCAAACCAGAAUGUGAAGGACUUGGUAAAAUCUGUGACAGACCGAUACAGAAGCUUUGCUGAAACAGAGGAGGAGAAAGAAAAGCAAGCCCAGCAGAAAGAGGAGGAGAGGCGACAGCGACUGCAGAAGAAGCUGGAGGAGGUUGGAUACGCCGAGUGUUACCCAGGGAUGAUGGAGACUGCAGACGCUAUGGAUGACUCUGAUGAUGAGGUGGACUAUACAAAGAUGGAUCAGGGGAACAAGAAGGGUCCAGUGGGCCGCUGGGACUUUGACACUCAGGAGGAGUACAGUGAAUACAUGUCCAACAAGGAAGCACUACCCAAGGCAGCUUUCCAGUAUGGUGUGAAGAUGUCAGAUGGCAGGAAGACCCGCAGGGCGGGGCCUAAAGAUGAGAAGGCUGAGCUUGAUCGCCAAUGGCAACAGAUCCAGAACAUUAUGAACAAGCGAAAGGGUGGGGACAGUGGCUUCAGGGAUGACUCUAAGAAAUCGAAAUACUGAGGGGUGGGGAAGGGACAUGUGCGAUGAGGGGUGGGGAAGGGACAUGUGUGAUUAGUUCUUUUUUGGAUGUUCUGUUGUUGUGGAAGUUUAUUAUCAUGGUAUCAUUUAAAGAGAUAAGGUGGUGAAAAAUCAAGGAAAACAUAUCUUUUCUGCAUUGAUGAAAAACAUGUUAGAAUUAAUUCUGAUAUCAAUUUUGUAGCUGCAAGCAGAUUUGUAUGUAAACAGUGGUUAAAGAACUGACUGAUUUUCUACAAAAAUGCUUGGAUUGUAAUGUACAGUUGGAUUGCCAGAUCAUCACCCCAUGUAGUUACAAAACAUAAGUAUAUGUCUGUAUGGUUUUCCUUGAUAUUACAGAAAGUACAAGCAUUUUGUCUAAAAAGAACCUGUAUCAUUCAUAAUUCAAAAUUGUGUGUGUAUUAUUCAAAUAGAACUGAAAAAUGAAGCUGUCAUUUAAUGGAGAUUUUGUAUCAUAGUUUGAAAUGCAUUCUUUGUAUGAGUCACUGUGUAAUAUCAGUAGUAGUAAGCAGUAUUACUACAUGUAUUUGUUGUUGAUCCAAUAAAUUAUGAAUUUUA